AUGCUAUUCAAUCACCCUCUUUAUCUCUCUCUUUCUCUCUCUCUCUCUGUCUCUCUCUCUCUCUCUCUGUCUCUCUUUCUUUCCAUUUUCUUUUCUAGUUUUCCACUUUUUCAUGUCUUUCUUACUUUUUAUCUUUCUCUAACUCUCUUUACAUUUAAUUAUUCCUCUUACUCUCUUUCCACUCCAUCCUAUUUUACGAUUCCAUUUUCUUUCUUUCUUUCUUUCUUUCUUUCUUUCUUUUUCCCUUUUAUCAUUUUUGUCUUUCUCUCUCUCUCUCUCUCUCUCUCUCUCUCUCUCUCUCAUUGUCUCCUUAUUUCUCUCUUCAACUCUCCCCAUUUACGAUUAUCUAUCUAUCUAUCGAUCGAUCGAUCGAUCUAUCUAAUCAAAGACUAUUCAAAUCUAUAUAUGUAUCUAUUUAUGUCUCUUCAUUAUCUAUCUAUCUAUCUAUCUAUCUAUCUAUCUAUCAAAGACUAUUCAAAUCUGUAUAUAUAUAUCUAUUCAUCUCUUCAUUAUCUAUGUCCAUAUCUAUCUAUCUAUUUAUCUAUCUAUCUAAGACAAUUCAAAUCUGUAUAUAUAUAUCUAUUUAUCACUUCAUUAUCUAUGUCCAUAUCUAUCUAUCUAUCUAUCUAUCUAUCUAUCUAUCUAUUUAUCUAUCUAUCUAAGACUAUUCAAAUCUGUAUAUAUAUAUCUAUUUAUCACUUCAUUAUCUAUGUCCAUAUCUAUCUAUCUAUCUAUCUAUCUAUCUAUCUAUCUAUCUAUCUAUCUAUCUAUCUAAGACUAUUCAAAUCUGUAUAUAUAUAUCUAUUUAUCACUUCAUUAUCUAUGUCCAUAUCUAUCUAUCUAUCUAUCUAUCUAUCUAUCUAUCUAUCUAUCUAUUUAUCUAUCUAUCUAAGACUAUUCAAAUCUGUAUAUAUAUAUAUCUAUUUAUCACUUCAUUAUCUAUGUCCAUAUCUAUCUAUCUAUCUAUCUAUCUAUCUAUCUAUCUAUCUAUCUAUCUAA